CGAGGGAGAGCUGGAGAGAGCGAGAGCAAAGAGCGAGCGAGGGAGAGGAGAGAGAGAGAGGAGAGAGAAAGACACACGCACGCAGAGACACACGGUCACUGGAAUUCCAUUAGAAAAAAGUGAGCCGAGCAAGGGUUAGCGGGAGAAGAUUUUUUUUGAAUCUUGUCUUCGUCUUGGUGCGAAAGAAGCGACUCCAGUCUCUCGUCCUCGAAGCUCCGACUGGAUUGUUCCUGGGCGCUGACACCCGUCUGUGGAUUUCUUUUCUAUUUGCAUUUUAUUCCGACCCCCUCCCUCGCCGCUUCCUUCCAGCCCUUCACUCGCAAAUCGCCUCUCUCCCCACCUCCCCAGGCCCCUCCUGGGAAGCGCAGGGGAAUUGGACCCGCGGGGACUCACGCCUUCCCGGACGAUUGGAGGGGAGGGCUGACCCCAGGACUGGGCUGUUGGCUUAGAAAGCCGAUACACAGAUACGCGUAUAUUUGAUUGUAGCGGGCAAGGGGGGCGUCGAGAGGCAGCCCACCGCCCGCCUCUCACCCCACCCCCUCCAGCCAGAGGCGAGAAUCGCAGGACUCGGGAGCUUCAUCGGGUGGACUAGCUGGGAUCUCCGCAUUGGAUUUGGGGCUGAUUACCACUGCUUGGCUAUUAUUAUUGUUGUUAUUAUUAUUAUUUUUUUUUACCCAAGGGAGAAAGGCAAAAAAACGGUGGGAUUUAUUUAACAUGAUCUUGGCAAACGUCUUCUGCCUCUUCUUCUUUCUAGACGAGACCCUCCGCUCUUUGGCCAGCCCUUCCUCCCUGCAGGGCCCCGAGCUCCACGGCUGGCGCCCCCCAGUGGACUGUGUCCGGGCCAAUGAGCUGUGUGCCGCCGAAUCCAACUGCAGCUCCCGCUACCGCACUCUGCGGCAGUGCCUGGCAGGCCGCGACCGCAACACCAUGCUGGCCAACAAGGAGUGCCAGGCGGCCCUGGAGGUCUUGCAGGAGAGCCCGCUCUACGACUGCCGCUGCAAGCGGGGCAUGAAGAAGGAGCUGCAGUGUCUGCAGAUCUACUGGAGCAUCCACCUGGGGCUGACCGAGGGUGAGGAGUUUUACGAAGCCUCCCCCUAUGAGCCGGUGACCUCCCGCCUCUCGGACAUCUUCAGGCUUGCUUCAAUCUUCUCAGGGACAGGGGCAGACCCGGUGGUCAGCGCCAAGAGCAACCAUUGCCUGGAUGCUGCCAAGGCCUGCAACCUGAAUGACAACUGCAAGAAGCUGCGCUCCUCCUACAUCUCCAUCUGCAACCGUGAGAUCUCGCCCACCGAGCGCUGCAACCGCCGCAAGUGCCACAAGGCCCUGCGCCAGUUCUUCGACCGGGUGCCCAGCGAGUACACCUACCGCAUGCUCUUCUGCUCCUGCCAAGACCAGGCGUGCGCCGAACGCCGCCGGCAAACCAUCCUGCCCAGCUGCUCCUACGAGGACAAGGAGAAGCCCAACUGCCUGGACCUGCGUGGCGUGUGCCGGACUGACCACCUGUGCCGGUCCCGGCUGGCCGACUUCCAUGCCAAUUGUCGAGCCUCCUACCAGACGGUCACCAGCUGCCCUGCAGACAAUUACCAGGCGUGUCUGGGCUCUUAUGCUGGCAUGAUUGGGUUUGACAUGACACCCAACUAUGUGGACUCCAGCCCCACUGGCAUCGUGGUGUCCCCCUGGUGCAGCUGUCGUGGCAGCGGGAACAUGGAGGAGGAGUGUGAGAAGUUCCUCAGGGACUUCACCGAGAACCCAUGCCUCCGGAACGCCAUCCAGGCCUUUGGCAAUGGAACGGAUGUGAACGUGUCCCCAAAAGGCCCCUUGUUCCAGGCCACCCAGGCCCCUCGGGCGGAGAAGACGCCUUCUUUGCCAGAUGACCUCAGUGACAGCACCAGCCUGGGGACCAGUGUCAUCACCACCUGCACGUCUGUCCAGGAACAGGGGCUGAAGGCCAACAACUCCAAAGAGUUAAGCAUGUGCUUCACAGAGCUCACGACAAAUAUCAUCCCAGGGAGUAACAAGGUGAUCAAACCUAACUCAGGCCCCAGCAGAGCCAGACCAUCGGCUGCCUUGACCGUGCUGUCUGUCCUGAUGCUGAAACUGGCCUUGUAGGCUGUGGGAACCGAGUCAGAAGAUUUUUGAAAGCUACGCAGACAAGAACAGCCACCUGAUGAAAUGGAAACACACACAGACACACACACACCUUGCAAAAAAAAAUUGUUUUUCCCACCUUGUCUCUGAACCUGUCUCCUCCCAGGUUUCUUCUCUGGAGAAGUUUUUGUAAACCAAACAGACAAGCAGGCAGGCAGCCUGAGAGCUGGCCCAGGGGUCCCCUGGCAAGGGAAACUCUGGUGCCGAGGAGGGCACGAGGCUCUAGAAAUGCCCUUCACUUUCUCCUGGUGUUUUUCUCUCUGGACCCUUCUGAAGCAGAGACCGGACAAGAGCCUGCAGCGGAAGGGACUGUGGGCUGUGCCUGAGGCUGGCUGGGGGCAGGACAACACAGCUGCUUCCCCAGGCUGCCCACUCUGGGGACCUGCUGGGGGCUGGCAGAGGGCAUCGGUCAGCGGGGCAGCGGGGCUGGCCAUGGGGGUCCACCUUCAGCCCUUUGGCUUCAAAGAUGGAAAUGGUUUUGCCCUCCCUCUCUGCCCUUGGGUGGGGCUGGUGGGUCUGCAGCUGGUGUGAGAACUUCCCCACGGAUGGCGGUGGAGGGGGUUAGCACUGCGCUGGGCUCCCCAUGACUAUAGCACAGAGUGGUGGGGCUGGGGGCCAGCUCCAGGAGGGCUUGAGAGCUCAGCCUGCCUGGGAGAGCCCCUUGUGGCCGAGGCAGCAAAACUCGGGCACCAGCUUCUUUCUUGGUGGCAGAAAUUUUGAAGUCAGAGAGAAAUGGUCCUUUGUUGGCUUUUUUGAUUUCUCGUGGGUCCUUUGGCAGGUCUCCCUUUGAGGAGAGGGAGAGGAGAGACCACAGCUGGGUGUGUAUCUGCAGCACUGUGGUCCCUCAAGCUCUCCUGCUGUCUUCUCCCUCCUCCUCCUUUUCACUUUCUCUUUCCUAAUUUCCUAGACAUACGUCAACUGUAUGUACAUACCGGGGCUCCUCUCCCAACAUAUAUGUAUAUACACAUCCAUAUACAUAUAUUGUGUGGUUUCCCCUUUCUUUCCUUUUUUUAAGCAACAAAACUAUGGAAAUAAUACCCCAACAGAUGAGCGAAAAUGUAUUAUUGUAAAGUUUAUUUUUUUUAAUACUGUUGUCUAUAAUGGGGAAAAAGGACAUUGGCCCCGCAGUGCCCUGCUCCAGUCAGCCUGGCUGGGCUCUGGCGGGGGCUCCUGAUCCGCAUCCACGCUUAACCAAGGCUCCAAUAAACGUGCUAGGAAGCAAGCCACCUCUGCCUUGGUCCUGUGGGGUUUUGCCCCCAUUUUGUUCUUGGUCCAGUGUUACCUGCGUAAGUGGAGCUCCCAGUGGGCUGGGGAAAUGUGUGUCUGUGUGUGUGCCUGUGUGCAUGUGUGUGCAUCCAUGUGUCUCACCCGUGUGUCCACAUUGUGUGUAGAUGGAGCUCUGUUAGGAGCUGGUUUGACACUGGGGACGGGAUCUGAGGGUCCCCGCUGUGCUAAGCCUGGUGGGCUGUUCUGUUCCCUCCUUGCUCACUUCUCCAGUUGGCACAAAUGCCUGUGGCUCCCAGACUGGAAGAGAAUGCAGUGGACAUGGGCGUGGUGGGGAGCGACAGCUUGGCAUCACACGUUGGGAAUGUUUUAUUGUCAGGCUGUCUGGGUUGCCCUGUUAGUCUUACAUAGAGCAAAGUGGUAUGUCCCUCUGGGACUCCUGGCUUAUUUGAGAUGUGUGAUUGUGAGUGCAGUGACCUGGUCUUUUGGGUCCCACCAGAGAAGAAGGAGAUGAUUGUGAAUGUUCUGGGGUCAUGGUCUGAAAGCAUAAGUAUUUUUUGGGUCUCCCUCUAUUCCUUCCUUUCCUGUUUCUCCAUUUGCUACCCAGGCCCCACUUGGACACUAGGCCUGCCAUAGUCUCCAAGAGAGAUUCUCCCCAGAGGACCAGGAGGAUGCCUGCUGGCCAAGUGUGUGUGUGUGCAUGUAUGUGAGCAUAUGUACGUGUGUGCGGUUGUGUGCAGGCUCGCACAUGUUCAUGUGCACGUGUGAAUAUAUACCCAUGGCAGGAGGGAGAAUGGAAGACUGGCAGGCAAGAAGAUGUUUCUACUGUCAGCCUGGCCUUCAGGGCUGCAUGUGAGUCCAUCCCAUUUCAGUUGGACAACAGGAUGCAGUUUUCCCAUCUCCCAAUCGCAGGUCCCCUCAUUGGCUUUUGCUUCUGGUUGUAUAUGUGUGAGCAGCAUCUGUUCACGGCAUUUAUCACUGUGGUGUAUUGCCUUCCAGCCUCUGCAUGGAAGGGGUACAGUGAGCCAGCCAGGUCUGUGUCCAGCCAUUGCGGGUAGACGUGGUCAUGGCAUCCACUUAGGAAUCUGUGUUCUUUGCAAACAGCAAAGAUCAUUUAACUUAAAAAGUACUUUACUGGAAGGCUAUGGGAGAAGGUGGCUCACAGAAUUUGUGGGAGGUGGGGGGACCAGGGCAGGUGAGGGCAGGGACUAGAGGGCAUCUGAGGGGCUGAAAGGCAGGAUCUACAGGGUCAGCAUUCUGCUGCCAACCAUUGCCUAUCUGGCUGAACUGGGCCUUGUGCCUGCCCUCUGCCAUACUUGAGUGUGAGAGAGAGGAUAUAUAUGUCAUGUCUGGUAUCCCUAAUAGGAGGUAAGCCCUUAGGCUACAUCAUGGGGGACAGAAAAUUUCCCAAGAGGAAAUUAAGGUACCAUUUUGAAGGAGGAAUGGAUACUAGCUAGCUUUACUCUGCCCUCAAAUGUCUCCCUAUACAAGUAUCACAUGGCUGAAAUUUUACCAUUAGGUAUUCAUUCCUUUGGUUGAGAUGAUUACUAUUUGUGAUUCUCUCAAAAUAUGCAAAUAGAACUGGAAGAAUAAAUUGUUGCUAUCUUAAUGUUA